UAGAUUUCGAAAAAGUUGAUGGCAUUGCUACAUCUAUAUCAAAUGGAUUCAUCAAGUCACCGAGGGAUGGUUAUGAUUUAAAAUCUUAUGUGGCCUUUGCUGCAAUUGGCGGUCAAUAUGUAAUCGUAUACCUAGUCGUGAACGAUAAGACGAAUAUUAAUGAUGAUUAUCGCUAUCCUCAUCUUGCCAUUUAUGCGCAUCUUGUAAAAGAAGGCUUAGACCCACUAUCCGAACAGUUUUUAUUGCAUGAAUCAUACAACCGUUCUAUUUUAUUGCCUACUAUAAUAAACUGCCAAGCUGGCUUUAAUUCUCUCAAAUUACAGAGUAAUAUUUGUAGUUGGCACUAUUUUUCGGCUGUAAUAUAUCCUAUCCAACUCAUAGAUGUCACGGAAUUCAUAAAAUUUUCAUCAUCUGGGUCGAUAAUUCACAAAGAUAUUAUUUCAAAAUCAGAUACACAUGCUUUUGAAAAUCAUUCUAUUUUUAUGAUUAAUCAAACCAUCAUUCCGUUGCCAUAUGGUGGUUCGAUUACCUUCAAUAUAUCAUCAAUACCUGAUGCUAAUAAUCUUCGUGGAUCAUUACAAAUAUAUUCAAGUUUAGAUACUUUAAGUAACCCUCAUCAAAUAUUUGAAGCUAAUUAUGAUCAUUUUGAAAAUGAUUAUAAUCAUUUAGAAUCUUAUGGCAUUUUUGAUAAUAAUACUUUAUGGUUUGUAUACGGAAAUGCUUCAUAUAAUCGGAAACUAAUUACGAUAGAUGUGGAUCGGAUUUAUACUGAUUUCGGUUAUGAAAAUGCUGUAAUCUUAUCAUCAUACCCUGAACUGGAUAUGUUGAUACCUGUAUUAUUUGAUGAUAAUAUCAAUAUCUAUCUUUUUUCUUCGAUUGUUCCAUCAUCAGGAAAUAUCUCUAUUUAUCAAAUAAUCGAUCAAGAUACCCUUUUAUUGCGCCAAAUCUACCCCGCUUCUUCUCAUUGCUUAGUGUAUAAUUCCACAAUUUUGUCUUGUCAAACUUUAUCUAGUACAUUUAAUCGAAUUAAUAGCAAUUAUACAAUUAUUGUUAAUGAUAAUUUUGUUACUUCGUUAUUUAAUGAACCUCUUCGUGGCAUUAAGAAAGGUGUUUGGAAUGUAAUGACUUCAAAGAACCCCUCGGAUUUUUCUAAACUUUUGAUCGAAUUUUCAAUUAAUAAAGCAACUGAUCCUUUGAAUGAACCUAGUGUAAAUGAUAUUGUGAAAGAUUUAGAUAUCAUGAUAAGGAACAAGUAUAUUAGCGCACUUUCUGAUAAAAAAUUUAUGAUAUUUCUUGAUGAACAAUAUGGAUUUCAGGUCAAACCAAAUUUGUUGACUGAAAUUAAAUACAAGUUAUUGGCUCUUGCAAUUAUUGCAUUUGUGUUAUUUGUGGUUUAUCUUUUGGCUCGAUGGCGUUACCCAAAGGGCAAAAAUUUCAUUAUUAUUAAAUUGUCUAUGAUGAUUUUGGAUUUGCUACUUGAUUGUCUUUUUAUAAUUGAAAAUGGACAUGAUAUUUCAUACUUAUUUAUUCCUAGGCAUGUCAAAUUUUAA